UUUUUGAAAUUUCCCGUCACGGUCUUUUCAUUAGGGAAAAUGGUAAAAGAGGGGAAGCGGCGUUGAUGGCUUCGCCAAUUCAGAGUCCCUGGCGUGAGCCCCGCGGCGCCAGACCGCCAGAUGCUUGGCCGCCGGAGCUCCCAGCCCUUGCUGCGCCUGAUACAACAAGGCUAGAGGAGUCGCGAGGCCUCGAGGGUUCCUCAGUUCCUCUGUUGCUGCUUCAUUGGAAUGUUCACUGUUCGUCGUGCUCGAGCUUCUGCCCAGCUGUCGCAACUCAUUAAAUCGAAAAGAACCUUGUGCAACAAUAUCUUGAGCAACAUCAACGUCUCUUUCUCCCAGCACUUUCCCUUCUCAGUCACGACUCGGAAACAUUCUGAUCACGUGAUCUUUCGUCAUUUCUUUCAUGGAAGCUUCUUCAGUCACCAAUGCUACUUCAUGGAGCUACUUCAAGCAUGCACCAAGGUUGGGUCUCUUGACGCAACAAAGUCACUCCAUGCACUCACCAUCACAAUGGGUUCCAAAUCAGACCAAUCUAUGUUUUUUCAUAACAACAUUAUCAACCUAUACAUGUUACUUGACGAAUACACAGCGGCACAUAACGUGUUCAAUGAAAUGACUCAAAGAAAUAUUGUAUCAUAUAAUACAAUUAUUAGUGGUUAUAGUCGUUGUGGGAACGUGGAGGGAGCUUGGAGUCUGUUUUCUGAAUUGAAGGGGUGUGAGUUGAGGCCAAACCAAUUUACAUUUGGGGGGUUAUUGUCAUGCGAGUCAUUGGAUAUGUGCAGUGGAAUUCAGUUGCAUGCUUUGAUCAUAAAGAAUGGUUUGCUUUACUCUAAUGCUUUUUCAGGGACUGCAUUGUUGUGUUUGUUUGGAAGAUGUGGAUACUUGCAUGAAGCGAUUCAAACUUUUGAUGAAAUGCCUCAGAAGAAUGUAGUUACAUGGAAUUCAUUAAUAUCUUUGCUCGGGCAUUUUGGGUUGGUUGAAGAAUGUGUGUUGUUGUUUCGUGAGCUUACAAGAACUGAGAUUAUAUUAUCUGAAUGUUCCUUUUUGGGUGUUUUAUUGGGAUUUGUACGAGAACAAGAUUUAGAAUCAGGGAGCCAAAUACAUGGUACAGUUAUAAAACAUGGACUAGAUUAUAAAGUUACAGUUGUGAAUUCUCUUAUCAAUAUGUAUGUGAAAUGUUCUUGUAUAUACCUUGCGGAGAAACUAUUUGAAGGCACGCCUAUUGAGGAUGUUGUAUCAUGGAAUGUGAUGAUUGGGGCAUUGGCAAAAACUGAGAGAGCUGGCAAAGCAUUAGAGCUAUUUUUGAAAAUGCCUUGGGGUGGAAUCUUGCCCAACCAAACUACAUUUGUAAGUGCUAUUAACUCUUGUGCCCAUUUGCAAAUCCCUAUAUAUGGACAGCUCAUCCAUGCAAAAGUAAUCAGGAAUAGGUAUGAAUUUGAUGUUUUCGUAGGCAGUGCUUUGGUUGACUUCUAUGCUAAGUGUGAUAAAAUUGAAGAUGCACAUCGUUGUUUUGAUGAGAUAUAUGAGAAGAAUGUGGUUUCUUGGAAUGCUUUGAUUUUUGGUUACUCAACACAAUGCUCUUCUACUUCUGUUUCUUUACUACAAGAAAUGAUUCGAUUGGGUUAUCAACCUACUGUGUUUUCAUUUUCGGCUGUUCUCAAGUCAUCCUCAGUUUUAGAGCUGCAGCAGCUCCAUUCUUUCGUAUUAAGGGCGGGUCAUGAUAAAAAUGAAUAUGUACUAAGCUCUCUUAUUGCAUCGUAUGCCAAAAAUAAUUUGUUAUUGGAUGCGUUGACCUUUGUCACAGAGUUUGAUGAACUGCUUCCAGUUGUCCCCUCUAACAUCAUUGCUGGAAUUUAUAAUAGAAGUGGGCAAUACAAUCAAACUCAAGAUUUAUUUUCUUUACUUCAAGAACCUGACAUUGUAUCUUGGAACAUUUUGAUCGCAGCUUGUGCUCGUAAUGGUGACUGUCAAGAAGUUUUUGAACUUUUCAAACAGAUGCAGAGAGAUCAAGAACCCGAUGGUUACACAUUUGUUAGCCUCUUAAAUGCUAGCACUAAACUUUGCAACCUUGUUUUGGGUAGUUCAAUUCAUGGGAUCAUCAUAAAGACAGGUUUAAUGCAUUAUGACACAUUUGUGGGCAAUUUAUUAGUGGAUAUGUAUGGAAAAUGUGGGAGCAUUGGGAGUUCGCUAAAAGCCUUUGACGAUAUGGUGCAUAGAAAUCUUAUCACAUGGACUGCUCUAAUUUCUGCCUUGGGCCUUAAUGGACGUGCCCUUGAGGCAUUAGAAAGGUUCAAAGAAAUGGCAUUGUUGGGGUUCGAGCCAGAUGGUGUUGCUUUCAUUACAAUGCUUUCAGCAUGCAGACAUGGUGGCUUAGUGAAAGAAGGGAUGGAAUUGUUUAUGCAAAUGAAAAGCAAUUACGGCAUUGAACCUCAAAUGGAUCAUUAUCACUGUGCAGUGGACUUGCUAACUAGGUAUGGACAUGUUAAACAGGCUCAGCAAUUGAUUGCAAGCAUGCCUUUCCCUCCAAAUGCCCUCAUAUGGCGUAGUUUCCUUGAAGGCUGGAAGAGACAAAGGUUUGUAGAUGACCAAGCAAGAGAAUGCAUGUAUCUUGAUAUGGAUUAAUAAGCUUGUCCCUUAAUUGGCUUUGAGCAUCAAUGAGUUUUGUUUGUAGAGGGUUCAGAUGUUCUGCCUCUCAAGUUAGUGGUUAUAGGUCCAGCUGGUACUAAAUGAGAGAAUGUCCACUUGCAUUGAUUUGUUGAUCUGGGCUUAACAAAGGAAUGGAGCUACAGAGGUGCAAGAGGAAAUUUUUAUUCUUGUUGGUAGGAUAGGUCUUUUAAUUUUGGAUGCUCCAACAUGUGCAAUGUCUUGCAUGCCUUCUUUUUUUAUUUGAUGUCGUGGAAUCAACCAUAGUGCACUAAGUGUAUGUUUAUUGGGAUGACAUCUAUGAGAUCAUACCUUUGAGGGCAUGUCCAACCAUUGAAGUCAUUUGACUACCUAGCUAGAGUUUCAUAGGUUGAUGAAAGAUGGAUUGGUGAUUAAAUUUCCAUUUCUUCACCAUUUUAGUUUAGGGGAAGAUUUUACUUUAAGAUUAUCUUGUUACAUUGUAAUUGAAGUAUUAUGGCUGUUAUUUUGUGUUUGGUUGGAGAGAGACCCCAGAAUUUUCAAAGGGGUGACCACAGCUAAUAAUUUUGUUUGGAGUAAAGUGGUUUAUCUUGCGUCACUGUGGGUGUCGGCUUAUGGCUGUUUUUCGUCAUGUUUCUCUGCAAGACCUGCAGCAGGACUGGUUGGCUUUGCUUCAUUGAGUUGGAUUAAAGAUUGUGAUGAUCUCCUAUAUAAUUUUUUGUUAUUGUUGUAAAGGGAGGGUUUCUUAUGCUCCCGGUUUUUCUUCUCUUU